AUGUCGACACUUCAAGAAAAUCUCAUAAAACAAUCGAUUCUGCGACAUUCCCGCAUAGACAUCUGCGAGCCGCGAUCCCGCACCGUCAGUUUCAGCGAAGAGAGUAAACAGGAAGACGGUGACUUUAUAUUAUUUCCCGAUCAUGUGAUGUAUCCGCGAGAAAAGGAGUUUGAGACAAAAUGGAAAAAUUUUUUGUUGAAUCGCAAAAGUUACACAAUUAUUUUUGGCGCAGCAGGAUGCAUCUAUUCGGCGUCCUUUCGAUAUUUCAACGGGACGAUAUCGACGAUGGAGAAACGCUUUAAAAUCUCGAGCCGGAAUAUUGCCGUGAUUUCGAGUGGAAAUGACAUAAGUCAAGUGUUUGCUUCGUUAUUUUUAACGUAUUAUGCAACUGGCAAAAAUAAACCGAGAUGGAUGAGUGUCAGUUUGUACGCGAUGGCGUUUUAUUGUGUUUCGUAUUUUCUAAAGAUGUUAGGACCCGCAGUUGGUUACAGCAUCGCCUCAUUUUCGUUGAGUUAUUACAUCGAUCCCACAUUAAAUGUGUCAAUAACUCCUUCACAUUCACAAUGGCUCGGAUGCUGGUGGUUAGGAUGGAUUUUAAUCGCAUUCAUUUUAACGAUUUUUGGAUAUUUGGUUGGUUUAUUUCCGAAAAAGCUUACCACUGAAAAAGUUCAAGAAAAUGCCGAAAAUCACACACAAAAUCGGGAAUUAAGUCUCUUGACAGAAGACAGUAGCGAAUUGAUGUCCUUGAAAAAAGUGAAAAAAACUAAAAUUACCAAAAAUGUCGAAGAUGAACGUGAAUUAUCGCUCAAAGACUUUUGGAAUUCCUUAAAACGGCUGCUCUCCAACAAAAUCCUCAUGUACAACAAUUUAGCGACAGUUUUUUAUCUCAUCGGAUCUAUACCGUAUUGGAUGUUCGCGCCAAAAUAUUUCGAGACAGAAUUUCGUCAAACAUCAGCAGAAGCCAGUUUCAAAAUUGGUACAAUAAGUUAUCUCUUUUCGGGUCUCGGAGUGCUCGUUUCUGGAAUAGUAAUUACUAAAUUUAAGCCACGAGCUCGAUAUUUAGCUGGUUAUAAUAUUCUUACCGCUUCCAUUACCGUUCUCGGUUUAAUUGCAAAUUAUUACAUGGGAUGCCAAAAAGACGUCAAUCCAGUGUCACCAACUUCUUUAGCUUCCUGUAACGAUCUAUGCAACUGCGAUUUCGUUAAAUACACUCCAAUUUGUGGCAGCGACAAUCACAACUACAUCAGUGCGUGUCAUGCUGGAUGCACUUCUCGCCAAUUCGAUGCCCAACGAAAUGUUCAGUUAUUCACAAAUUGUUCUUGCAUUGAAGACGAUCAAAAUUUCGCUUAUGAAGGCCCGUGUCCAGUUGACUGCAACCAUUAA